AUGGUUUACUACCCGAACGGCGGCGCCGACGGGCGCUCCGUGGCCAGCCCGCCCGACCCUGGUCAGUACUUUGAGCGCGCCGGCUCGGUGGCCCGGCAGCCGAUGAUGAGGUAUUUGGACGAAUUGCUGGAUGAGAUGUGCACGCUGAACCAGCUGCACGACGGCCACCCGGGAGCGCUGUACCACACCGAGGCGCUGCUCAACGCCGAAAUGGAUCGCUUAUGGUCUGGAAUUCGUGGCGCCGACUCCCCGUACAGCCUCAAGAUGCGCUCGCCAUUGUUUGACACACCUCGUGACGCGCGCCCGAUCCUCACCUCCACGCCAAAACCACAAAAUCGCUCGUUCCCCCGCUUUGAAGCCACGCCCUACCCACAGCAUCCGUCCCCGCCGCAGCGCAGCUCUCCGCCCUCGCAGCGCCAGCUGUACGCUUCGCCGUUGUCGCACGUCGGCAGUGACCGAAAGGAAGAUGAGGGAGGUGUGGCCGUGCAUCAGAAGAUCCCGUUGCCGCCUACGCACGGCCGUUGCAACUUCAUCGGGCGCAUAUUGGGCCCUCGUGGACUUUCGGUGCGCCAGCUGGAAGCGGAGACUGGCUGUUCGGUGAUCAUCCGCGGAGAGGGAUCUGUCAAGGACCCGGAGCGCGAGGCGCGGCUGCGCGGCGCGGUUGGCUGGGAGCACCUUAACGAGCCGCUGCACGCCCUCGUCACGGCGCGCGGUGUCGACAAGGAGCAGGCCGACACCAAGCUGGCCAUCGGGGUGGAGGCAAUUCUCGGCAUCAUCACCAACGCUGACGACGGGCAGAAGAAGCAGCAGUUGGUUCAGCUGGCCAUCAUCAACGGCACCUACCGCGCCCCGAACAACAACGACGACACGCUGCCCACGAUG